AUGUACGAUUGUCGUAACAAAAAGAAGAAGAUGCAAGACGGUAGCCAAAACGUGGACCUUCCACCUGAGAUGAUGCAUGAAAUUUUUUCAAGGCUACCAGUGAAGCCCUUGUGUCGCUUCAAGCUUGUAUCCAAGUCAUGGGAGUCCCUAAUCUCCGAUCCUGAUUUCGUCGCAAACUAUUCCAAAGCCGCCUUUGAGAAUGAGGAUGUCUUCUUCAGAAGACGCCGCCUCCUCUUUACUAAUAUUAUUGACUCUGGACAACAUGGGAUAUACUCUUUGGAUCUUGACCAGUUUCUCAGUGAGAAUUCUAAUGCUGGUGUUGAUGGUCUAGUAGCAGCACCCACUGAGCUCGGCUUUGUUUACAAUCUUGUUCAAAGAGGUGGAUUUCCAUACCCCUUUGUCCUUGGUCCCUGCAAUGGCUUGUUCUUGGCCCGGUUAUGUUACGGUGACUACGGUUACAUUUUGAUCAACCCCGUAACCAAGGAAUCAAAGAAAUUACCAAAGCCACCACUAUGGAGACCAAUGGAGCCCUUUUUUUGUCACAUAUAUGGACUUGGAUUUGAUCACUCCACCAAUGAAUACAAGGUGAUUAACGGGCAGCAAUAUUUUGGUGGAGUUGUGUUUAGUGUCUAUACAUUGCAGACUGAUUCUUGGCGACAGAUUGACUGCUUAUUUCCCUACAAAGAUUUACAUAAUGAUGGGGUCCUGGUGAAUGGUGCUGUUGAUAGGUUGGCGAUGAAGGUUGGAAAUCAAUCAUGGGUGAUUAUAUCUUUCUCUUUAGCAGAGGAGAGGGUUAGAGAAAUUGCAGUACCGCCCAAUACUGCUAAUCAAUCAAUUCAACUAGGGGCAUUCAGAGAUUGGCUAUGCAUAACAUCAGCUGGAUAG